GCUGUAUUGGCCAUUCUCAAAGAGAAUGUUACACCCCUGCACCACGGUGAGGUUACAGCACGCGCAGGGGCUCCUGGAGAUGGAGUCACGGAAGACGACAUCACGGAAGGUGGCGACAUGGAGGGUGGCGUCACUGGGGAAGUAAUCACUGGAGACGGUGUCAGAACAGAAUGGAGUGUUUGACAGAACAAAGAAACCAGUUAAAGAAGGAACUGGACCAGUGUCUGUCACCGCCACCACCUACAACCACGUCACCAAUAGUAACCACCACGUCACCAACCACUACAACCACGACACCAACAACUACCACAACUACUACAACGUCACCAACAACUACCAUCACGUCACCAACAACUACCACCACGUCACCACUACCACCGCCGAUUAGCGACUGCUGGGAUGUGAAAACACGCCAGAACCAGAGCAGUGACGGUACGUACACUAUCGACUCACCAGCUGGGGGCAAGGUGAACGUCAGGUGUGACAUGACCACGGACAAUGGCGGUUGGCUCACCUUCGUCAGGCGGGUCAAGGGUGGUGUCGACUUCAACAGGCCGUGGGAAGACUACAAAAACGGAUUUGGAGACCUCGCAGGAGAUUUCUGGUUGGGAAAUGAUUUUCUACACAUGUUCACGGCAGCAAAGGAUGUCGAGAUGCGGGUCGACAUGAGGCCAUGGAAUGAUAACCCCGCUUACGCCUUGUACGACAGCUUACACGUGGACGACGAGGCCAACAAUUACACCAUCCACGUCGGAAACUACAGUGGGGACGCUGGAGACGCGCUUCGCUCUAAUACGCCACGUUACUCGCUCAAUAACAUGCCUUUCAACACCUACGACCGCGAUAACAAGUUCCAAUGCGCGAAGGACACCGGGGGCGGCUUCUGGUUCAAUCACUGCACCCAUGCUUUACUGACAGGGGUGUACGAGGAGGCAAUUAUAUGGAACACAUGGAGAUCGUUUGAAGUACUGACAGAAAUCGCCAUGUCAAUCAGACCAAAGGGAGUGGUUUAAAGAAUUGAUGUCUCCAGGUCUACAGUGCGGAAAUAAAAUAAUAUUAAAUUUAA